AUGACCUCGACCUCGGAAGCCAGACAAUGUGAGGAUGAGCUCCGUGCACCCCGCCUCGAACCGCCAGUCGGCGUGCAUUCCCAAUGGGGCAAAUCCCAAGAUGUUCGGGAACGCGGCACCUCGCCAAACAGCGCCGAAAGCCGUCCGCGCUGGGACAGCAAGGUCCUGGACGUAGAAGUCGACCGCGCGGCGCAGAAGCUCAUGACGGCCAGCUGCACCGUGCAGGUUGCGGAGGCUGUGGUAGCAGCCUUGACGGAUGCAGGCUCAAGGCUGCAACGGUGCUCUACUGCGUGCAUACUGCCGAAGGAGCGCAGAUCGCUUGCGGCCUGCUUGAAGCAAGAGGAUGAGAUGACUGCGAUGGCCUCCCAGUCCUUCUUGGAUGCUAGCUCGAGCCUGGGUGCGGUUCUGAUCUCGUUGGCUUCAGCUAUGAGUCAGAGCAUGUUGCUACCCUUGGAGUCUUUUCAUCGAGGGGCCAGCGCAGACCAUCUCAGGAAGAAAGCCGCUCUGGACGAUCUUCGUGAGAGGGAGCUCAGCUGCUCCAAUGCCGUGACCGAGUGCUUGCAGAAGCGUGAUCGAGCCCGCGGUGGCUUGCAGAGCGCCAUGCGAGAACUGGAGAAGACCCAGAAGAAAGCUGGGGAAAAGAAGAAGGGCCUUGCUCGCUUCACGCGGGGAGAUGGGGAGAAAGACAUUGCGGCUGCUGAGCUGAAGGUUCAGAAGGCGGCUUCUGUGCAGACAACCUCGAUCGAGGAGCUAGCCGCACGAACUGAAGAGGCCAAUGAGGCCCGAUUGCUACGGGAGAAUGCCGCCAAAGAUGUGGACCUCCUCCUGUCGUGUAUCGAGACCGUGCGUACAAGGCUCCUGGCCCGCUGCUUGAACAACUGCGCCUUGGCAUAUGGUGAGGCGGCCAGAAGUCUGCGAAAUAGCGCAGCGGACAUGCAGGGCCAGGUGUCCUGCUUGCGGCAAGGAUCGGCAAGAGCGGACGUACCCACCUUGGGCGGCGACGGCGAAAGCAGUCUGCCUCCUUGGGCCUUGGAGGCUCUGAAAGUGUCCAAGAAGCGCCCAAGCACAAUUGUCAGCUCCAUCCUGGAUGCAGAGGAACUUCAGGACCAGGCGCAGAGCUGGGAGGAGAAGCAUCCCGAAUCGCCCUUCACAGUUCCAAUGCCGCGGCCCAACGCCAGCCCUGGCGCCUUGAGCUCACAAGGCCGUGGCUUCCUGAAUGCCCGAUCCGAGACCUCGCCAGCCAUUCUCACAGGUCAUUCCUUGCCGCUGGCGUCUCCCGCAUGUGAAGCUUCGAGACGGGAUUCCAGCCAGAGGUUCAUUGAACGUGGUCGAACCAUUGCCCAGAGCACAGGGCGUAUCAACGUGCGCCGCAUACGAACCAAUCUACACACUGGGUGGUCAGCUUUUUGGGCAGAUCCAUUCCAUUCGGUCAUCCACCACAGCACUAUCAAGAUCAUUGCCUUCUUCUGCGCGAGCUACUUGUUCACGCACCUGCUGUUCUCUCUGGUAUACUACAUGGUCGACGAGUCCUGCGACUUGAAGAUACAGUCGCUGCUGGAUGCCAUGUACCUCAGUUUGGAGGUUGGCAUGACGAUCGGAUGGGGACUGCCCGGGUCACCUUACAUGAAGCAGAAGGGAGCCAGGCAGCCCUGUCUGUCCAUCACGGCAGCGCUUGCUUGCCGUUGCCAUGUCCUCCACUGGACCCCACUUGCACAGAUACAGAACGCGCUCAUGAUCGGCUUGAUGUACUGCCGCAUGUCACGUGGCACCAGCAGCGCGGAACCAACUACCAGUGGACCGGUCGUCGGCUUUAUGCAAAGCGGCCGGAUGGACACCGAUCUGUUUUAUCAGCACUUGGCAGGACUUACAGCGGAGUACGACCGGCUGGUACAGGAGAAGGCAGACCUGGCCAAACUCAUCAAUGAUGCCUCCUCGGCUUUGCUUUCAGCAGAUGACGGUUGUGUCUUGGAUCGAGAGGUAGCCGGGUCCAUCAUCUCACACAAGGACGAGGAGCAACCUGCGGAAGGUAUGCAGAGAGCUGUGUCAGGUCCUGGCAGCUCAUUCAAGAAGCAGGCGAGCUUCGCGAUUGACGCCGAUGACUUCGACCAGGCAAAGCUUGUUAACAUGGCCUAUGAAAUCGAGGUCAACAUCUGGCGAGCCACAGGCUUGCGCGAGGCUGACAUCGUGCCAGGCAUGUCUUCGGAUCCUUAUUGCAUCUGCGCAGUGCAGGGCAAAGGAAAAUCGACAUUUCAGACGCCGACGGUGUCCAACGACUUGAGCCCUGUGUGGAAUGUUUCCGCCCGCAUCACAGACUUCCACUAUGGCGACACUUUGUGCUUCACCGUGUGGGACAAGGAUUUUGGAAAGACCGAUGAUGCGCUGGGCCAAGCAUUGCUGCCUUCGGAGAAGAUUAUUCCUCAUGGAUUUGAUGAGUGGCUUGUGCUGGCGGGAAUGGGAUCUAAAGGUGUUGUAUCCUCAGCAGACGACAUCUCCAGCAUCAGGGUUUCUAUCAGAGUGCUGAGGAAGUUCCCCCAGGAACAGACGCAGUAUGAGGAGCCUGUCGUGCAGCUCGCAAACCUUGAAUCCCGCAGUCCAGCUACCUGCUGGUCUGAUGUGGUUGGUGGCGACGUUGGUGAUGAGGAAGCAGAAGGCUUGACAGGCAUUGAGGAGGGGGAGCCUGGUCAGCCAAGACGAACGUGCUUCCAGUGCCUGCAAAAUUUCUUGCUCUCGGAAAAAUUCGAGCUCUUCCUCGCGGCGGUUCUGUGCCUCAAUAUCAUGAGCAUGGCUUUGGAGCUCCAGUACGAUGGCUGGGAGAUCGGCUACCUCUUGGACUAUGGCUUCUACAAGAGCUCCAUCCAAGACCGCUUCGCUUGGGGAAAUGAUUUCCUGCUCUACCUGGAUAUCGCAUUCUCGGUGGUGUUCACGAUCGACGUGACUGUUCGCAUUUCCAUAUUGCAGGGGCUAUUCUUUCGAGGCGGAAUUACAAAUUACAUUGAUUUACUAGUGGUGGUUCUGUCUUGGGUUGUAUACAUCCUGGCGGAGAACUUUCCAAUAAAACCAAUGAUUUUGCGCCUGAUCCGCUUUGGGAAGCUGGUUCGUGCCCUGAAGGUUGUCAGGAUCUCUCAGUCCCUGGAGUCCUUGGCAUUUCUCAUGUCUUGCUUGAGAGCAAGUGGGACCGUCCUUGUAUGGACAAUGUCCUUGCUUGCUUGCAUCCAGUGCAUCGCCGCCCUUUUCGUAAGCAACAUGCUCCACUUCUUCCUCACAGACGAAUCGUGGGAUGUGCAAGUGCGGAGGGAUGUGUUCCGGUACUACGGCACGUUUACCGGAAGCUUCCUGACCAUGUUUGAAAUUCUGUUUGCAAAUUGGGCACCUGCAUGCAGAGUGCUGACUGACAAUGUUACGGAAUGGUGGACAUUGUUCUUCUUGCUGUACCGCUGCCUGGUAGGUUUUGCUGUCCUCAACGUGGUGAAUGCGGUUUUUGUCCAAAGCACGUUGAAAGUCGCACAUGCAGAUGAAGAACUGCAGUUUGAAGCCAAACAAAAGGCGCAACGUACCCUCAUGACCAAGUUGCAGAACAUGUUCCUGGCCUUAGACACCUCAGGUGAUGGGCUCCUCAGCUGGGACGAGUUCAAUGAGGCGAUCUCCAGUCCGAAGAUGGCAUUCUGGAUGAGCCAGCUUGAGCUUGAAUCUUCCGACCUCAAGAGCUUGUUCAACCUGCUUGAUGGCGGUGACGGCCUGAUCUCUGUGAAUGAGUUUAUGGAAGGCGCUACCCGCCUGCGAGGCAGUGUGUCGUCGAGCCUUUCGUCGUCAACAGAGCGCAGCACACUACACUCCCCGACAGGUCCUGCAAAGAGCAUCGAUGUGGCCAGGCUGCUGAUGCUUUGCAGCGCGGCGAAGAUAGGAGACAAUUGUCUGAACUUCCGCUCGAAGAAGCUUCACCGGUGCAUGCCAAGGUACGAAGACCGAAAAGACGGUGAAGGCCAGUGUCAGUGCACAGCACGAUCCGGUUGCAUCUUCUUCUCUACUUUGACCAUGAAACGUGUGCUCUAA